GUGAAUGCAUCAGAAGAAAAUGGCUGCCCCCUGUAGAAGGAUGGCGAGUCGGUCUCUCCUACAGUUUCUGUCCGGUUUCAGGAGGACAGCGGCGGGGAAACCGGGACUUCGUGUUUCUUUCGGGACUUCUGCUUGUCGGACGACCCCGCAGACCAAAGCGGUGCCGGACAGAGGGGGGUCACCGUGGACUCUGAUGGCGGCGGUGUGUCUGCAGAGGCUUCCGGUCAUUUCAGCGGACUGCAGCCCGAUAGAGCGGCAGUUCAAAGAGAUGCUGCAGCAGAUGGAGUUUGAGAAAAGUUUGCUGUCAGACCACGAGCAGCGUCUGCUGGAGGACGCCGAGCGGCUGAGCAGGAAGCAGGCGGACGACUACGACUCGGACGAAGAGGAGGACGGCAGGGACCAGGAGAUCGUGUUGGCUCAGGACCUGGAGGACUCGUGGGAGCAGAGGAUAAAGAAGUUCCAGCCGGCAGAGAGAGUCAGAG